AUGGACAGAUCGGCGUCUGUGGGUAUCAACGACGGCCGAUUUGGUGGCGAUCACUUUUAUUCCCCAUCAUUUUCUUCUUCCUCUUCCUUGAGAUAUGUCAAUUACAGUUGUGGAUCUUGUGGGUACGAGCUGAACUUGAGCUCCACCAAUAGAAUCACAUCAUCAAUUGGAUCUAAGUAUGGGAAGUCCAUGAAGACUGGAAUCAUAUCCUUCUUCAACAUCGACGAGAGAAGAUUUAGCCAGGUCGAUGAGUUCCAAUGCAUGCCUCACUUCUCCAGACACUCUUGGGGUUUGUUCAGACGCAAGACUAAGCUUCUCUGUCGCCAAUGUAAUAACUAUAUCGGCAAUGCUUCUUAUGACAAGGCCCCUCCUGAGUACGCACUCGUUACACAAAAUUCAUCGCCCAGGAAGGGUGCUGUCACUGACACUGUUACCAAGUAUGAUAUCAGGAUUCGUGCGCUUCAACCUUCUUCCGCUGUUGCUUCUCUAUGA